AUGGAGAAAAUCUCAUUUUUCUUUUUGCUUCUGGUAUCAUGUGGAAGCGCUUCCAUUAUUGUACCUCAGGAGAUAUCAACUUUAAUAGACUUUAUAUUAAAAUUUUUACCACCCUUCAAAAAAGCAACAGAAGAAUCGCGUAUUGGUUUCGGCUUUGCAUAUGGCAACCACGCGGAUUUUCAAACAGUUGUACAGUUUGGUCCUGAUAAGGAGAAACAGGAUGAUUUUUCAACAACGAAGAGACGAGCGACCAAAGAGGUAAAAAAAAGAAAAUCACUUAAACUUGCAUCCAGGGAAACAUCUAUAAAGCGUUAA